UGCCUCGCGACUAAUUAGAUUCGUAAAUUAAUUUAAACAGUUCCACUUAAACCCCAAGUCACCCCCUUCAAAUAAACUCCUCACUAGUAAAAGUGUAAAACUGUACUGUUUUAUUUAAUGUUCAACCCCAAAAAUAGACAGACCCCCUUUUUGCAGUGACCCCUGUAUUCACAAAACAGCUCAUUCUUACUCACCAUCACCAACACAAAACCACCUUACACACCUACAACAACAAACAAUAGCAGUAUUACUAUGCUCUUAUUCUUCUUCAAACCCCCUUAAUAUUGCAAGCAAUUAAUUCCUCAUUUUCUCUCAAAUUUCAUCAACCCCAUCUCACUAAAUCAAUCACAAUCAACCCACAAAUCCAAACUCACAAAAAAGAUGAAAUCUUUACACUUCAAUUCAAUCUCCAUCUUCAUUCUCUCACUACUUUCUCUCUCUACACUUCCUACAUCAAUAUCAUCAACACAACCCAUGAAUUGUUCUGACUCUGGCAGAGUCUGUGCUUCAUUCUUAGCUUUAAAACCCACCUCAAAUCUGACUCUGCCAUUAAUCCAAAGUAUGUUUGAUGUCCUCCCAAAAGAUGUAACAGUUGAAAAUAGUGAUAAAGAUUUCAUCUUUGUCAGAAAAAACUGUUCUUGUCACCCUAGAUUGAGAGAUUAUUUAACAACAACAACAUUUACAGUGAGAAAUGGUAGUGGAUUAGUGAAUGAUUUGGUGAAUGAUGCAUAUCAGGGUUUGGCUUUGAUACAGAAUAACAGUAAUAGUAGGAUGGCAAGGGUUAAUGAAGUGGUUUCAGUGAGGUUGUUAUGUGGGUGUUCAAGUGGAUUGUGGAAUUAUUUGAUGAGUUAUGUUAUGAAAGAUGGGGAUACUCUUUCUUCUUUGUCUAGUAGAUUUGGGGUUAGUAUGGAUAGUAUUGAGCAAGUUAAUGGGAUUGAUAAUCCUGAUAAUAUUACUGUUGGACAACUUUAUUAUAUUCCUUUGAAUUCAGUUCCUGGCGAUCCAUAUCCAAUAGAGACGAGUAAGCCUCCAGCUCCAGAGCCUGCUCCAUCAGUCGCUGAUGUCAAAGAAAACAAAACAAGUCACAAGGAGCAUAUGCCUUCUGGAUGGAUACUAGGAGGCCUGGGAGUUGGUUUAGCUGUGGUUGUUAUACUUGUACUCUUUAUUGUUGUGUUCAAAUCGUCAAUCUGCUCCCAGAGUGAGCAAGAAGGUCAUGCAAAAGAUCCUAGUGAGAGACGUGCACACAAGUUUCAUGUUCUGCGGAAUACUAGUUUCUGUUGUGCUUCUAGAAGGUUCUGCAGUAGAUCUGAUGAUUGGAAACAAAGUGUUGUUGAACCAAACAACCAACAUCAAAUAAACAUUCCUAAAGCCAUAGGCAACGACGCUUUUGAAGUGGAAAAGCCGGUUACCUUCACCUAUGAAGAUAUCCUUGCUUCAACGGAAGGAUUCUCUGAAUCAAAUCUUAUUGGGCAUGGAGCUUAUGGUUCGGUAUAUUAUGGUCUUCUCCAUGACCAGGAGGUAGCAAUCAAGAGAAUGACUGCAACUAAAACUAAAGAAUUUCUGACAGAGAUGAAAUUGUUAUGUAAGGUUCAUCAUACAAAUUUGGUGGAGUUGCUUGGUUAUGCAGCCACUGAUGAUGAGCUCUUUGUUAUAUACGAGUAUGCACAAAAAGGUUCGCUGAAGAGCCAUUUACAUGAUUCUCAUAAUAAAGGGCAUACAUCUCUUUCAUGGAUUAUGAGGGUUCAGAUAGCUCUUGAUGCUGCUAGAGGCUUAGAGUAUAUUCAUGAGCACACAAAAGCUCAUUAUGUUCAUCGAGAUAUUAAAUCAAGCAAUAUCUUGCUUGAUGGAGCCUUUAGGGCAAAGAUAUCAGACUUUGGGCUGUCAAAACUUGUUGGUACAGCUGGUGAUAUAGAAGCUUCGGCAACAAGAGUAGUUGGGACUUAUGGUUACUUAGCUCCUGAGUACUUGAGCAAUGGCCUUGCCACAACCAAAAGUGAUGUUUUUGCUUUUGGUGUGGUUCUUUUUGAGUUAAUAUCUGGGAAGGAAGCUGUAAUAAGAACUGAAAGCACGCCUAAAGGUCCAGAAAGGCGAUCACUUGUUUCGAUCAUGUUGGCUGUACUGAGGCAUGUGCCUGAUUCAAUGGGCAUGUCAAACUUGAGGGACUACAUUGAUACCAAUCUAAUGGAUUUGUAUCCACAUGACUGUGUAUAUAAGGUGGCCAUGUUGGCAAAGCAAUGUGUUGAUGAUGAUCCCAUCUUGCGACCAGACAUGAAGCAAAUCGUGAUAGCUCUUUCGCAAAUCCUUCUUUCUUCUGUGGAAUGGGAAGCAACACUCGCUGGGAACAGCCAAGUAUUCAGUGGGCUUGUUCAAGGACGAUGAAAGAGGACUAGUGUGUCAAUCACUGCAUUUUGAUAUUGAAUCUCGAAAUCUCAGCUCUUAAAUGUUCAAAGUUUUCUCAAUUUUGCUUGUAUCUAAUGUGUACAGUAGCAGAGGGCUAUGAUGGUAGUGAAUUAGUGAUUCCACUUAUCCAUUUGGCUUCAAUUUUUGCGCUCUCACAAAAUCUCAAAAUCUGUAAGAAAUGUUCAAUUCAUUGAACAUUGAUAGCUGUAAUAGAAUUUCUCAGAUGUAUUAGUCAGGCCGUAUACCGUGUUUUGUAUAUACAAAUAUCUUGUUCUGUCCUUAUAGUAAGGCAUGUACCAAUCAGGCCUAAGUUUUAUAGAUUAAAGGGCACCAGUGUUUUAUACUUUUAUGUUGUACAGUAGAUAACAUAGAAAAACAGCUAUUACUAAGAUUAUGCUUCUCUA